CCGUUUCUUCUUGCUCUUUCGUUGAUGCUUUCAGCUUUCGAAUCCCUCCCGCCUGAGCUCCUCGCUAUCAUCUUAGACGAGCUUCUUCUCGUUCAUGCUCAUUCGGCUACUCGUGGCCGCUCCUGUGGCGUUGCAUUGUCCACUACUUCACGGCUACUCCGCGCAAAAUCUUUCGCUUGGUUGUUCUCUGAAGUCAACAACUCUGAAUGCGUGUGGCCGCGGACCCUUUGGCCACACAUUGUAAAGGUACACAUCCGUGGUUUAUCAGCCACAAACGUCCCGCUGGCUGCCACAUCCCCAGCGCUGUACCAUGCUUUAGCGUCUAUGCCGGCGCUCACGCAUGUCUCCAUUGACAUCGACGUCGUAUUGCCACCCGAAAUGAUGUCCACAUUGGCCACCCUAAACAGUUUAUAUCAACUGGCAAUUGAGCGAGUGCGCCUGGAUGGCCCAGCAACACCACUACAUCUUCCUUUCCCCUCGCUCUCUCGGCUUCUUCUGCGUGUCAGAGCACCAUAUCGCGAGCCUAACAUCGACACCGAACGAGAGAACGCAAACGUUUUGGCUUUACUCUGCGCAGUUUCUGAUAAGCUGGUCGAGCUCACCAUAUCUGGCGAUCUUCUGACUCCGCCUUUCACCCAACUGGAGUGGGAACGUUUGAAAUGCUUCACGGUGACGGACCACCCACCCUUCCAAAGUAUUCCUAUCCACUCGCUGGUUGGCCACAUGCACAGGCUGUCCACACUCGAGCUUCUCUUCACGGCAGAUUUCCGUGUCGCGAACCGGCGGCUUCCCCCCUUUACUCUCGACUACGCUGACAAUUCACUGUCUCAUUUGCCAGAGCUCUCAACAUUUGCGUGCUCAAACCUCGAUUCCGGCAAUGCCAUUUUCCAACACCUUCCUCAAAACCUCCAGACACUCCGCUUGCUCGCUCUUUGGGAUUACCACGACCGCAUACCUGUGCGAUACGAUCCUCUUCCCAUCGGGUCUUUCGGGGAGCACGUGAUGCCGACCACCGACGUCGCCAGAUUACUCUCUGGUAUCACCUCCGCGAACUUAACGUCCCUCUGCAUCACGCUGCUCAGCGACUUGAGAGCGCGUAAGCCUAUCAUUGGCGCUUUACCCGCUGUCAUUGAAAGAGUGCCGGCUCUGCGCUCCUUGGAGCUCCGCUAUCGCCCAUACGACUACACCGACAUGUACUUUGUCGAUUUUGUGGGGAUGCAAUUCUUCUCGCUGCUCCAGCCCCUCCGCCAUCUUGCCCACUUGACGCUAUUCCUGAUCUACUAUAUUGUUGAGGAAAAUCCGGGUCCGCCAGGGCAUGGCGCGCACAGCCUGCUCAAAUAUGUCUCGCCGCUGCAAACAGUGACGUACAAGUUUGCGGGCUAUCGGGAUGCCACGCUUGGGUCUCCCCUUGUGUACUGUUGGGACAAGUCCAUGCUGCGGGAUCCUCGCCCGCCACGAGUCAUCCGUGAGCCACCGCUAAUUGUCCUCGAGUGUUACAGCGAUGAUGACGAGUGA